AUGCGCCUGGAGAACAUCGCCGUGCGCGAGAACAAGGCCCGAGGUCGACGGACGUUUAUGGCCAACGGGGCCGCGCUCAGCCGCCCGUGCUUUGAAUGCACUCAAGCCUCGAAGCUCGAGUCGUGCGAUCUACGCUCACAGUACGCGAUGAUUUUGAACAUGAUCCGCGCUGGGGGCUACGAGCCAGAGCUUCAAGCCGCCAACCGGAAGUGCUUUGGG